AUGCUUGGCAGCAGGUUCCCUGAUCAACAAGCGAUUCACUCGCUGUUAGAGGAUUACUUCGAGUCCGUCCACUGGUUUUCGCUGGUUAUAUACGAACCAAAAUUCCGGCAGCGUCUGUUGUCAAUCAAGGACGGCUACGCGUACCCUGCCGAUGCGCCGUUUCUAACCUUGCUGUCGAUGACUUUGUGCAUGGCAGCUUGGUAUCGGUCUAAGAGGGCCGUUCACAAUGGUGGUGAAGAAUGGCGCCUCUGGAGCGACGACUUGCUGAAGAUUGUCGAGUCGCGACUUGUCCAUGUGAUGGAUCAGCAUUCGAUUGCAGCAGUGCAGACAUGCAUCUUGCUGGGAUCUCAUCAUGUUUACCAUGGCCGGCCAAACUUGUCUUUCGCCCUUUUGGGAGCAGCUGUCAAGAUGUCUCAUGCCAUGGGUCUACAUCGUGAUUUCACAGGUGGAACGUUCGGCGACAUAGAAGAGCGCAAAAGAGUAUGGUGGACUAUCUAUACCUGGGACAGUGUGGAAAUGCCAACCGAAUUCACCGAAUCCCCAUACUUUACCCAACAGUCGGUCGAACAGGGGCUACCAGACAUCACCUACUCACCAUAUCAAACCGGACUGAGUAAACUGUACCUCGUCGCAUCCCCCGCCCUAAAGAAUAUAUUUGGCUCACUGUCGGUGCGGUCUGCCAAACAACAUUUCGAGUCCACGUACGCUUCGCUGGUUAGCGAGGUGACGCAAAGGCUGCUUGUUUGGCGCCGCCAGUUGCCGCAGCACCUGUCCCUAGACCUAAACAAGGACCACCACUCAGGUAAUACUGAAUGGGGCAGUCAGGCAUAUAUCUUACAGUCUCUUUCACUGCAGUUAACCUUCGACAACCUGCUGAUAGUGCUUCACCGGCCGUUUUUGGCUCGCCAAGUUGAGAACUUGUCGAUGAAGGCCUCAGCCCCAUAUACGAAUGUACCUCAGUCUGGAUCGCCUUCGGUACAAUCGCAGACGUCGCCGCUUAACCCCCAUACCGACGGCCUAUCGCCCCGUGAUCAUGCAUCAUAUGGGUGGGAAAAAAACGCGAGCUCAGAGCAUUGGUGGAAUGCAGCGGUUCGGACCGCGCGUGUGACCGAACUACCCCAACUUGCCCAACUCGCCACAGAUAGCCAUCUUGUUGCCUUUAUGGCCCUGAACCUGUUUCACGCGGCAAUAGUGCUCAUUUUAGUCGCCCUUUCCGACCCUCUCUCCGAUUCAGCCCAGGGUGUCAAACGGACUAUUACCAAGGUAUUUAGACUGCAGGAGCUUCUGGGUCAGCGCUCAGCGCUCUCGAGCCAGAGCAGCGUCGUUCUCAAAAAUCUCAUUGGUCUGCUUCUCCGGCGAGAGGCAGAAGCCAUGCUUGGCCCAGUCACGUCGGCACCUGUAGUGGGCUCUCGUGCAGAGCACCAACUCAGGGCUGCGGACAAUUCUGGCCACUUAUCAGUUGAAGAUACACUUCGGCUUCCCUUAGAGGCUACCCUGAGCACGAGAGACCAAAGCACUAACGACCAAGCCUGGCCGAACAGGGCUCAGCGCCUGAACGAGAGCUUAGCAUCUGUUCAACGAAGUAAGGAUUCUGCCUUUGCUGGAUCUCGAUGGCCGCGGAACAAAGCUGACACCAAUAUCUUGCAGUAUUCCCAACAAUCCAAGAUGAACUGCCCCGAUCUGAUACAACAAUGGUUUCGAGACAGGAUGUGA